AUGUGUUACCGUCUUUCAGAUGUACGGACAGGCAGAGGAAAGCGGGGAACGUGGCAGCGGGAGAGCAAAACGCUCAAAAUAAUGGGGCUGUUUUUAAUCAACACCCUCAGCACGGCAGCCUCGCAGCCACUCAUCACUGAGGGCAAGUUAAUAUGCAUCGGACCGAACAAUCAGAGCUACAUCUGUGAAUCGGGCCACUGCUGUGGAGAGUUGCAGUGCUGCAGCUUCUAUUAUGAACUGUGGUGGUUCUGGCUGAUAUGGACUGUCAUUAUCAUCCUGAGCUGCUGUUGUGUGUGUCACCAUCGUCGUGCUAAACAUCGACUCCAGCAACAACAGCGGCAGCAUGAGAUUAACCUUAUUGCCUACAGAGAAGUGCACAACUACUCAUCACUGCCCUUUUACCUCAGGUUUUUGCCUAGCUACCUCUUACCUGCAUAUGAGGAGGUGGAGAACAGACCCCCAACUCCUCCUCCUCCUUAUAGUGCCUCUCAGCCUGGUGAGAAUCCUGAAUCUGUGAGCCCACAGCAGUCAGAUGAGAUUUGCUCAUCGUUACAGCCCAGCUGCACAGUCCCUGCAUCGGAGAGCAGUUCAUCCGGACACUGCAUUGAAGAUACCCAUCAUCUUCCUGUGCACUGCCCUACAGGAAAUGCAAACAAACCCUACCUAAGCUUCGAGGAGGAUAGUCAACAACAGCAGGUUGCAUCCGCCACAACACCCGAUAUAACCAAGCAGUCUGGAGAUCAGGGGCUUGACGCAUGUCCUGAGAGUAAGGACAAAACUCCAGGGCGCCAUAGACGCUUCACCGGAGAUUCAGGUAUUGAGGUGUGCGUGUGCAGCCGUGAGCCAGAGGAAGAGGAUGGAGAGGAUCAUAUGAAGGAGCUUGAGGGACUUUUAGACAGAGAGGGGUUACAGGAGCAGGACUUCUGUGAUAGUUGCAACCCCAAUAGCAAUGGCCUUCAAAGGUCAGAUAAUGAGGAGCUGGGAUUUGCUGGCCCAGAAAGAAGUCCUGAGCACAGAGAGCCUCCUAUCCAGCGGCCUCCCAUUUGCCUUCAUUUGCACACCAUCAACGAACAGGAGGCUCAUCAGCAUGGUAACAAUGCAGAGCCCCAAAACUAAGCACCACCUUUGCAUUGUACUGCAGUGACUUUCUUAUGUAAUGCUAUCUCCCUUUAUUUUCUUACUGUACUGUUGCUUUGGUUGUAAAUGUUUGGGUGUGUUGGGGGUGUGAAUAUUAUGCAGUGUUUUACACCUAAAAUAAUCUAGCUAAGCAUUUUUAAAUAGAGGCUGUGGUCAAAUCCUAAUGGGGAAGCACCAAACCGGUACUGCAUAUUAGUAUGAUGACUCGAGGUUAGAUGCUGACGGAAUGUCUGAUCAAAUUCUUAUCUUAUCCACUGCCAUAGUUAAUACUGUAUGAUGUUAAUUAAAGAAAAAGAGUUUUUUUUUUCAUGUAAAUAUAAGACAGAAAUUGUCUUCAGGCCCAUAUAACACCUGUGGUGUUUUGCAGAAUUGGACUACAAAAACUUGCAGAUUGUUGACAAGUUAAUGUCAGUAACAAUGUCUGGUUUUUUGGAAGUAAGAUGUGAAUGUAUUGUGGCUAAAUGCAGCGUGAUUAGGCCUGUGCUACAAUAUUAGCAGGGCGGCACGGUGGCUAAGUGGGUAGCCCAGGUGGGACGGUCCGGGUCCUUUCUGUGUGGAGUUUGCAUGUUUUCCCCGUGUCCGCGUGGGUUUACUCCGGGUGCUCUGGUUUCCUCCCACAGUCCAAAGACGUGCAAGUGAGGUAAAUUGGAGAUACAAAAUUGUCCAACACUGUGUUUGAUAUAACCUUGUGAACUAAUGAAUCUUGUGUAAUGAGUAACUACUCGUCCUGUCAUGACUGUAACCAAAAUGUUUAAAAUAUGACGUUAAAAUCCUAAUAAACAAACAUUAUUAUAAUGUUAUAAUGAAGUGUAGGGCACUAACUGAGCUAAUGAAAGUACCUGUUGUUAGUUGCUUUUUACAUUAUGUAAUUUUAUGCCACUAGUUAAUCCUUAACUAUUAACAGUUAAAGUGUGUUAACUGUU